GUGGAGAGUAACACUGGAGAGCAGCAGUGGUCCAGCCCCUCAGAAUCUGAAAAGCAUCGCAGGAGCCUCUGGAUAAAGACCAGCUUCAGGAGCAAGGCUAGGAGACAGAGGAUUUCUGCUCAGUGAUAAAACAUGAAACAGAUGUGAGGAAGCAGUAUGGAGCUCAAGAGAGGAAAGACCUUCAUAAAAUCCAGUGUGCAACAUGAGAAAGUGCCAGCAGUGCAUACAGCUCCUACCAGCAAAGAUGAGAUGGGCAAAGACAAAAAGGCAGCUCUGGAGGGAAACCAAAGUGUGGCCGAAGUCCAGCUGGCAUGUUUGGCCACACACAAGAACUACAGAUUUUCUACCAGAGCAGCAAGGAACGGACCUGGUGGUCACAACCUGGAAAAAUCAUCUAGCUCCUCCUACAAACUUGUAAGGAAGAGUAAAACCCAUGACUGUGUUGCUGAGGCAGACAAAACAGAGCACUGCAGCCCCAGCAGCAGGGCUUGUGAGGAGGGCUUUUCUGGAAAGGGCAAGGGCCGGCUUGUCAACAGUAUCAGCUUUUCAGGGAUGUCCAGCUCCAGCAGUAAGAAGGAGUGUGUGGUCAGCCCCAGCCAGUCUGCAUGCAGCAGUCAGAUGAUUGAUUACAGGAAUUUUGUGCCACAGAUGCCUUUUGUACCUGCUGUCGCAAAAACCAUUCCCAGGAAGAGGAUUUCCCUCAAGAGAUCUAAGAAAGGGCUCAGAGAUAUAUUUCACAUAAGAAAAAAUAAACCAGACAGCCUCUCAUUUCUGGUGGAGAAGGAUAAGAACCUGUCCUCUCCAGGCUGCAAGAGUGAAUUGUCUGGACGUCUUGCCAAGUAUCUUUUCAAAACUGGAGAAACUUGUGCAGCUGAUUGCUUGUCACAGGACUGCUCAGACAGUGAACUGCAGUCUGACUCCUCCUACGACUACUGCAAUGCCUUGUGUGAAGAUGUUGCCUCCCUGAAGAGCUUUGACUCUCUCACUGGCUGUGGGGAAAUCUUUGCUGAUGAGAGCUCAGCUCACCUGGAGCUGGAGAACAGCAAAGACCUUCUGCUGAGGCGAAGCAAGCACAAAGACAGCCCUGGCAUGGGCUCCUUCCAAGGCGGGGUGGAGCAGCUGGCCUCUCCUGGCCAGAAUGAGACAGUGGAAUUUGCAAAGUUUUGGGACAACAUCAACAAAUCAGUAAGGCUGCAUCAGAGUGCUCUGUUUGAAAAGAAGUUAUUGAAGAUACCUGGUUCUGACACAGAAAAGGACAGAAAUCAGGCUGCUGUACCGGUCACAGACCCCCAAGUGUCACCUGAUAAAGAAGGUGACAAUUCCAAGGACAGCUCCACAGAAACAGAAACACCGAAAAGUGAAAACCAGGAAUCCACAUCCACGAGUGAUGAAGGCUACUACGAUUCAUUCUCUCCUGGACAAGAAGAUGAACUGAAGGAAGCUCAGACCCCUGGAGUCCCAGGUAGAUUUCCAAGAGACAGUUACAGCGGAGAUGCCCUUUAUGAACUCUUCUAUGACCCAAAUGAAGUCAAAGUAAACCCUGUCCUUGAUGAUGACUUGUGUGCCUCUGAAAGUGUUUCAGAGCAAGCCAUUGAAAUCCCUUUGUCCAUUUACAGCUUCCAUGUUGGAGCUGAGGAGAACAUGGCUUCCCAACCAACUCUAGACAUCAUUAGCCAGGGCUUUUUCCACAGCACAUGGAAAGGCAAAGAAUGUUUGCUAAAGCUCUGUGACACUGAGCUUUCACUGACCAUGGGGAUCAUAAACUGGCUACGAAGACACUCGGGACUCAUCUCCUCCCCUGACUCUCUUCCAAGUCCUCAGUCACAGCCAGAAAAGUCUAAUGAUUCAUUGAUCCUGCCCAGUCCCAGUCCAGAGCAGAAAGGGAGCACAGAAGCUCAGCAGGAGACACCAGGCAAGGGUGAAUCGAACACUUUGAAUGUAUGUGUGCCUUUGGAGGAAAGCAAACAUGCAACUCAGCCCUCUUCAGUAAACACUGCUGGAAGAGACCACAGCCUGGACUCCCUCCUGAACACAUAUGAUCUGGAUUUCCAAGAAAGAGAAGGGACUCAGCAGAAUGACUUGUCUACAGUGCCUGGGAUUGUGGAAACCACCAGAUCAUCAAGUUAUGCACCACAAUCACAGGCUGACAAUCUGCAGACAUCUUCAACUGAGAAUGAGAAGGUAGCAAUUUCAUUGGGAUGUGAGACAUCCAAAGAUAAAAACCCACUGCCAGAAAAGCUGAACAGAGAGAGUGGCUCCCAGAGCUCUGAAAAUCCUUUGUUAGAUGAUAAUCACGAAGUAGAAUCAUGUUACUCCUACAAGACUGCUGCGACCUCACUCCGAGAUCCCCUUGAGAGGGAAGACAGAAAAAACCCGAUGUAUCCCUCUCUCUCUAUUUCCUGUGACAAACCACCACAGUCUCUAACCCUCAAUCACUUCCAGAGCUACAUGAGCUCCACACCAACAGAGAGCAGCACAAACAUAGUGCAGCUCUUAGAGCACUGUGUAACACAGGUGGCAUCGUUAAAAAUCAGCUAUGAAAACAAGCACCUGGAAGACAAAUCCAUUGGGAAUGAAAUGAACAGUAUCCUUCAUAAGAUGUCUCAGUACAAAAACAAAUUAUUGUUGCAAAAUGAAUGUAGCUGCAUUGCUCAAAUUCCAGAAUAUCCCAGUAUUCCUAGCACAAACCAAUACAACUAUGAAACAAGUUUCCAAUCUACCAGUCUGUAUAAUUUGAAGCAAAAUGGGGAGCAAAUUUGCUCUGAAGAUCAGAAAAGUGGAGCAAAAAUCCUAGAUGAGGUUACUCAAAGCAAGAUGAAUUUCGAAUAUGCCCAGCUGAAUAAUCAAGCACUCUCCUAUUUAAAGGACUUUGGUCUCAGUCCAAGUGACUCUGACCCUGAGACAUCUCUUAGUAGACCAACAUUUUUACCUCUCUUUAACUCUGUCUGCCCAGACAUAGCUGGUACCUUCUCACAGGGCUCACACAGCACGGCUGUCUGUCUGUCUGACUCACUGCAGCUUGAGGAGGCCAAACAGUGCAGCCCAGGGCCCUGGAACUGUGCAGAGAGCCCCUGCCAUGGCCUGGCUGCAGGGACUGCUCUGUCCCCUCUCCUAGAGGCAAUGGCUUGGGAUACAGCAGUGACAGCCAGGAACCACCAGUGACACGCCUGCACGGAGAAGGUGCAACACUGAAGAAUCUGUUUGUAGAUACGGAUGCACCUCGAACACAGCAUAGCAUGACAGUUCCAUGAUGUUAUACCAAGACCAGAAACAACAAGGAUUUCUCUCUGGAGAUCUCACCAGAGUGUUGCAGCAGAAAAUCAUGCCAGUCUGUUGGAAUGACAGGCAUGGUUAGGAGUUCUGGACAGCCACACACCCUGAAGCCACAGUUGCAGAUGGCUGGUAACUAAUACUCAUUUUUAAAAACAAAACCAAACCCAAGUUCAGUAGGAUUUUGAAAAAAAUCAUGCCGUGAUAAGGUUUAAGAAAAAAUGAUAGCAUAUUUCUGUCAUAUCCUGCCACACAACAAUUGAAAAUAUCACUAUAUUUUUAAAGCACAGGUAUGUGCAGAAUGAGCUUUCAUUUGGGAAGCUGUUAUGAAGAGGUAAAGUUGUUUUCUGUUGUACUAAUUUUUCUUUAAUUUUAGAGAAAAGCUUUAUAUAUUUUAUGGCAACCAAGCCACAAGGUUCUGAUUACACUGGUAUGGCAAGAUUUACUGCCUAGGAAAAGGUAUUUUUUAAACAAACAAAAAUAUCAGAAAGCAGAAUAUAGUAUUCCCUAUAUCGUCCAAAGACAUGUGCUUAUUAUAGCAGAAAUUGUGAGUAGAAUAAUGAGUUAUAUGUGAAAGCCACCAUAAAAAAAUAUUACAUUUUAAAGGAGAGAAAACAUGUUUAAAAUAUUCAUGAUAACAAGCUGUACUUAACCUUAUACAAAGUCUUCCUUUUCUAAUUGAAAAACUGUUCUCAAAGUACUGGGUAAGAUACACUGCUAACCCAGUUUUCAUUUAUUUGUGGCAUUCUUGGAGUUAGUUUAACAAAACAGUCAUUUUCAUACCUCAGUUUGUACCUGGUCUUGGCUGUCUUAUAUUUUGAGACUAAAUUGAAAAAAACAACUAUGCUUUGUAGAUGAAACCUGAUGAUUAAAUGGUCCCCUGUGGCCAUGAUGUGUUUGUAAAGAUCUUUACAACCUCCAUGUUAGUAUCCUGGCUUGGACAGUAUUUGUGGGCACUACCUUUACCCUGAGAUUUGCUGUCAUGGGGAAAAGUGGAAGGAGGACAUGAGGCUGGGAACUGCAGCAAGGGAAAAAUACCUUAAAUUAGAUGCCUGAAUUUUGAUGUCAAAAGUUAAUUUCUACCUUUGAUCAUGAAUAACGUAAAGAAUAUAUAACCACAGUAUUUAAGAGAUGUCUGCAUUUUGCAGAAUCUGAGUGAUAAAAUGCACGAUAUAGCAGGACUAUGAAGCUAUAAAGUGAAAUCACAUCCCCCAGCUAUGGAGCUUUGUCAGUAUUACUCAACUCUUACGAAGAGAAGAGCUUCUCUCUCCAGCACCCCAUGAUUGCCAGCACAAAUCAGCUUUGAGAAGGCAGUCAUUUUACCACAAGUAUCUCCUGAAAAUACAGAUUAUAAGUGUCUAGGACCUGCUUUCAUGGCACACAAUGGUAUUUCUGAAGAUUGCUUCGAAGUUGCCAUUUAACCUACAAAAGCCUGAAAUGCCAAGGAGUUUUUCAUACAGGCAUUUUUCCCUAACAUACUAAGUAACACAUUAGAAUUCAGCUAACCAAACAAUAAUAAACACAGGGCUUAAUAUUCUAGCAACAGAUAGUCUGUACAUAAAGCAGUUGUUCCUCACACAAGUGAUCCCUCCUUUUGCAAUUACCACAGCAGCCUCCUUUAAGGCCUUCAGCUCACCAACAUCUCUUGUAGUGAAGAGCCCAGAACCUCGAGGGAGCAGAGGCAGAAUUUGUCAUCCUUGUAGCACAUUGCACAUCUCUUCCCUGAAUUUCAGGUUGAGGGACCAACUUCAUGGAGGAAAACAAAGGCAACAGAAAGAAAAAAGUCACCUUGCUCCCACAUAGCAAAGGAGACAGUAUUUCGGUGGAGACUAUUAUUUCUCCCACCCUACAGGCACAGAGCAACAAAUGAUUUGUCUAACUUUGUUUACCUGCCCGGUGUCUUUCUCCUGCUGCUGCUCUUUCCCCUCUAAGCCCAGCUCAUCUGUAACAGCUAACCAGCCCCUGCUGCUGUCUGCAAACCAGAGGGAACAAAUGCAGAUGAGAUGGAUGGGCUUUUACUGCUCUUAUGUAGGUCCAGCAUUGACAUAAAUAGCCUGUCCGUGUCCCUCUGGACGGCAUCCCAUCCCUCUGCAUGGCAUCCCUUCCCUCCAGCAUGUUGACUGCUCCACAUAUCUUGGUGUCACUGGCAAACUUGCUGAGGUGCACUUGGUCCCACUGUCCAUGUUAAACAGGGCCAGUCCCAAAGCCAACCCUGCAGGAACGUCACUUGCUGCUCUCCAAUUGUACAUUGAGCUGUUGACCACAACACUUUGAGCAUGACCAGCCAGUUACUUCCUCACCCACUGAGUGCUCCUUCCACUCUCUGGUUAAGAGCCAAGGAUGUCAUGUGGGACAGUGUCAAAUGCUUUGCACAGGUCCCUCUAGAAGUGAGAUGCUCUCCUCUUGUCCACUAGUGUUGUAACACCACCAAAUUUGUCAGGUAUGAUUUGUCAGGUAAGAUUUGCCCUCAGUGAAACCAUGUUGGUUGUCCCAAUCACUUCCAAUGUUUUCCACGUGUCUUAGUACAGUUUCCAGAAUGAUCUGCGCCCAUGAGCUUCUUGGGAACAGAGGUGAGACUGACUGGUUUGUAGUUCUCCAGGUCUUCCUUUUUUCUCUUUUCAAGGGUGGGGGUUAUAUUUCCCCUUUUCCAGUCUUUGGGAACUUCACUGGAUUGCUGUGACUUCUCAAAUAUGGUUGAUAGUGGUUCAGCCACUUCAUCCACUACUUCCUUUGGGACCUGCAAAUGCAUCUCAUCAGAUUCCAUGGACCUCUGCACCUUCAGGUUGCUUAGAAGUACUUGAACCUGAUCUUCUCCUACAGAGAGCAGUGCUUCAUUUCCCAGUCCCUGCCUUUGCCUUCUGUGGCUCAGCCAGUGUGGCUGGAACUCUUAUUGGUGAAAACCAAUGGAAAAAAUAUUGUAGUAACUCAUCCUUCUCUGUAAGCUGAGUAACCAGGUCUAAUGUUUCCUUCCAGACAGAGGUCAUAGUUACCCUAGUCUUUCUUUUAUCACUGACAUGCCUAUGGAAAUUAUUCUUGGUGCCCAUGAUGUCCCUGAUCAGAUUUAAUUCUAUCAGGGCUUUAACUUUCCUCACCUAAUCCUUGUCUGCUUGGACAAUGCUGGUGAGGACAAUAUUCUGUAUUCUGCUCUUGAUCCAUCCUCAUUGGCUUAUUUUUGUGUGUGUUUGUUCAGGAGCUUCUUGUUCAUCUGUGCAGGCUUCCUGGCUUUUUUACCUCAUCUCCUUUUUCUUGGGAUCCAUUUCUCCUGAGCUUGGAGGAGAUGAUCCUUGAGUAUCAAGCAGCUUUCUUGGACCCCUCUUCCCUCCAAGGCUUUAGCUCACCAAACAGAUCUCUUAAGAGGCAAAAGUCUGCUCUCUUGAAGUCCAGGGUGGUGAUCUUGCUGUGCAGCCUCCCCACACUUGCACUCUGACACUCAAAGGUCCUCGGUUCAAUCCAUGCUGCCAAAAGAACAACUGUGGGUCUGCAUUACACACCAUGGAAAAAAUGUUUGUGGGUAGUCUGUUCUCGUUCUCCCUGUGGAGUUGCAUGGCUGCUGAUGCAAUGUUGGGGAAAGCUCAAAAAUCUUAAUCUAGCUCCAUAUAAAGAACCAACAGAAAAUGUCCCUCCUCGAGGUCAUGUUAAAUAAGGUGUUUACUAAGAUUGGAUGUACAUGAGUUUAAAGAAGAAUCUUUAAUUUAAACUUGUAACAUCUCUUUAACAAGUAACAUCUCUUUCACAAAUGAAGACAGGCUGGUGAAAUUAAUGAGAAUGUUAAAUAUUCACUGCAUGUAAGUAUUCAAUUUCUCAUGCAGUCUGUAGCUGUGAGAACAGAUUUCUUCAGCCUGCACUCAGUCUAACAUACUGUCAUUCCCCUUUGGUGUUAGAUGGAUUUUUUAACAUUCCAAUGGAUGUAGCAGAACAUUUGUGGGUACAAAACUUCAGAGCAAUUUGUAUGAAACUGUUCACCAACUUCCUGUCCUGUUUUUAGAAGAAUGGAAGCAAUGAUGAGUUGUGUCCAGACAAAGAUCAGAAUAAUAAUUAAAAGAACACUACUUUUGUGCUGAAGACAACCUCCAAAAAGGAAAAAAGGCUUUCCCCUCUCAUCUUAUGGUUCAAUAAAAUGCAAAAAAUUUGUUCUGGAAAAAUUUUUUAAAAAACUAUGUUCUUCUCAAGACACCACUUCUUGACAUUCCUUCGUUUAAUGCAGAGUUCAGUGGAAUUUCAGAGGUAUUUUUGGAACUCCCAGCACAAAGACCGGGUACCUGAGUACCCCUAAGAAACCCCACGUUUACUGCUGUGAGUGGAGAGAGCACUCACCCCUUUAAAUACUGCAGAGCAAAUGAUCUCAUACUGGUAAAAAUGUCUGAAAACAACUUAGAGAGAUCUACCUACAAUACAAUGAAUUGUCAGGUAAAGUGUUCCUUCCAAAAGCAACACAUUAAAAUGGUAGUCAGGCAUCCCAGCAAGAUGUAUGGGGUGGGGGCUUGGACACAAGUCCCACAGCAAUACUUUACUUCAUUCACAAAACUCCAUUGUUCUAAGUAAGUUGGAGCAUGUGGUGGCAGGAUAUUGUAAAUGCUGACACUUUACAGCAGAUGCACAAGACGCACAAUAAAGUUGCAGGUGAAAGGAGGCAUACUUAAGAGAGAACAGUGUUACAUAUUCUGACUUCUACUUAAGGAAAAGAAUAAACUCCUGGAUUGACAAUGUAUAUGCAUAGUAUAUAUAUAGAUAUAAAAUAACAAGUGUGUAUACACACGCUUAAAAAAAGGAUUUGUGGAAACCUAAGUUCAAGAAUAGGGAAGAAAUCUGAAGCAGGUACCUUUUAAAAAUUGGAGUAGCAGAUUGUAAAAAUUUCAGUACAAACAUGGUUUAUUAUGUAACUAAGAUACAUGCAUUUAUAUGCUGUUUAACGUAUUUUGUUAACUAUUUUUCAUAUAUGCCAUAUCUAAUGUACAUAUGCUUUAUGUAUUAUAUUUUAGUUACCAUAUUCUACAUUACAUAUUAAAGUCACUUGGAUUCAA